AUGCAACCAGCCAAUGGUAAUGAUGUGGAUACACCUGUUGGGCAGCAACCACCCAAUGGGGAUAUUAAUCAUCAUGACUCGGCUACGAUGGAGGAUGACGCCGGUGACCAAAGGAGGAAUACAGCUGCAGUACCAGCAGUCGAUAUGCAAGUACCUGGUCUUGGAUGCUGUUUUAUAGAGUUCCGGAAUGUCGAAGAGGCCGGCCAGGUGAAACGUAUAUUAGAUGGCCGUAUCUUUGGUGGCCAUGAAGUAUUCGUCACUUACUUCUCGGAGACACGCUUCAAAAGGGGUGACUUUGCUAAUCCGAUGCCUAAUACAGAUGAACCAGAAGUCGGAUUGAAGGACAUUGGAAUGAAUGCACCACUGCUGGACGAUGGGAUGGAUACAUCUGAUAAUGAGGAGGAGGAGGGUAUGGGUGAUGCUACGAAUAGGGAUGACGACGAGGAGAAUAGGAUGAACGUACUUGAUGAUGCCAAGGCACGUAAGAAGGGCAAACAGCCAUCACCAUCGUUGGCCGCUGAAGACCUCGAGAUUAUUGACUAG